CAAUAAUUAGAAUGAAUACGAUGAGUUUUCUCGUGCAUGCGCAAAUAAUGUAUCUUAACAAGAGACUUGUUCAUAUAGUCAUAUGUGCUUCUGAUAUCGAGAUAUGGCCCUAACCUAACCUAACCAUCCAUAGAAUAUGAUAUAAGGAUGUAAGGAAUGAUUACUACGUGAUGGUAAAUUUAGUCCUCAAAUUCAGGAAAAAAAAUUUGGUUAUUUUAUGAGACUUUUUCUUUUUGGUUUUUUUCCUGUUACCCUAUGUAACUUUAUUUAACUAUAUUUUUUUUAAACCUAUUUUUAUGCGCCUUCUAAAUAACUUCUCAUUAUUCAAUUCUAUCUAUUUAUUGCCUAUUUUCCACAUGUAUAGCAAUUUUUACGAAGUUUGGGAGUCACUGCACUUUCUUAUCAAAUAUUGCUAACGGAACGUACGUAUCAAGAUAUUCAAGAUUAAUCCACCUUGGUACGUAUUAUUAAUUAUUAUUGUAAACUGUAAUAUACUAUUUUUUCAGUUUUUAAUUAUUAAAAUGGUGAUCUAGAUAUUUUCACGUUUUAUUUUUGAUCAUUAUUUAAUAUUCAUCAUACAACAAUUAUGUAAUAAACAGUUAAAAUAAUUCCUGUCAACAGUCAACAAUCAAAUCAUGGUCAAACAUUUGUGUCCGUUCGAAAACUGCAGUUCUACAUUUAGUCGCCCCUCCCGUUUACUAAUUCAUAUUCAACGUCAUCAAGGCAUCAAAGGCUUCCAAUGCACUCAGUGCGAUCGCGGUUAUCAUCGACGACAACAUUUAAAAAGACAUGUUGCCGAGGCUCAUCAAAAUCAGUUGCGCUUGGAACAAUUACUGACUUGCAACCAUUGUGAAAGACAGUUUAAAACCGCCUGGGGUCUUCGCAGACACCAGAUAAAAAUAAAAAGACAGAAAGCCAACAUAAGGCUGCAUUGUUGUGAAAUUUGCAACCGAAAGUUUUUGAACUCCGUCGAUCUUGGCCGUCAUUCUCUUAAACAUGAAAGUUUCAAAUGUGUACAUCCAUCAUGCCCUUUGUUAAAACACCAAUUCAUUAGUUGGAAAUUUUACAAUCAGCACAUGAUUGAUUAUCACUCUGAGCCAUUUGAGUGUGAACACUGCGGCGAAAAGUUCAUAAUUAAGUCUAAAAUAAGGUCUCAUGUCAAAGAGCACAUGCCAAAGUUUAACUGUACUCAACCAGGCUGUCAUAGCACGUUCGAUUUUGCUAAAAAUUUAGUCAAACAUAUUCAAGUAGGUCAUGGUGAAAGAACAUAUAAAUGCAAUAUAAUUGGAUGUGAUUGGACAUUUAAGUACAAAAUUUGUUUUGAAAGACAUAUUAAAGCACAUCAACAAAAUAAAAAAAUCUUUCCUAUGGCAAAUAGAAUUCACAAAAAAGAACCAAAAUUUUUAAUGGCAACAAAAUUAGCAAAAUUGGCUUUAAAAAUUUAAUUAAAAUAUUUAUAG